AUGUUUCAACGGAUGCAGGAUGAAAUGGAUGAACAGAAAGAAACAGCAGGAAGGAUUAGCCGCCAUCGUUAUGCACAAAUAGUUCGUCAGGUAAGUUCCAAGACGGGGUGCUGCCAAUCCAUAUCAAUAUUUGUGGAGACCAUGAUGAGGGAACUGAAACAAAGAGAUGAUACAAGCCCCGUGUUGCGCGCUGCUGCGGCCACUUGGUCACUCAACCUCCUCUCCACCCAGGUUCCUAAUGGUCCACUGACUUUUAUUUUAGAAGCGAUAUUGCCGGCUGUAUACUAUCACUACGACCCCUCUCGCUUAACUAAGGUGCCUCAAAUCAUAAAGGUACAAUUGGGUGACGAGUAUUUAGUGAAGUGGAAUCCUUUUUUUUCUCACAGUAUGCUCAUGGAGGAGGUUGAUCUGAAUGAGCGCAAACUGGUGAAUUUGUAUUCUAGCCUUAAUCGGGCAUUAAAGUCUAACGAUAGCAGGAGAAAUCACAUUUUAAGAAUAAUGACGUCUCGACGGAGGUGUACUUUGCAGACAGCCUUUCGCUCAUGGCACAUGUUAGCUCGACGGAACCGCCUCUUGGAGGUAACAAAUCUAAAUAAAAUGAAGCGCUUCAUCAAAGAGCACUCACGCCUGUUGCUAUCUGCCGCCUUUUAUCAGUGGAAGCUAAUUUUGGAGCUGUCAAGAAACACUUUUCUAAUGGAGCGUCUCCAUGAAUCUGCUUUUCAAUUAGAAAAUGCUAAAAAUCAGUUCCAGCUGCAGUGUUGCCGUGCUGAUCGACUAAUUCAGGCUACGAAAGAGUCAAAAAGAGAGCUUGAAGAAGCUAAAAGAGAAAAUGAAGAGCUUCAGGCGUUGGUGGAAAGCCUUAAAGGUGAACUAAUAGAGAGAGAAGGGGAGUACAAAAAGCAAUUUGCAUGUAGCGCGCGGGAAGCUUCGAAGCUUGUAUCAAUGUACUCAAGAUUUUCAUCCAUACUAAUUACUACACACCGCCAGCCACUUCCAUAUCAACUUUCACCUGUGCCCCACUCGAUUGUCCAGGAUGCUGGUCAACUUGGCGCCGAUGAGAAGAAAGACCAGUGUUAUCAGGAAGAUGCAUUGCAACUGUUGCAGCGUUGGUGCAACACAAUUCGGAAGGAAGUUAAGGGGGAAAAUGCUGAAGGUAUUGUGACACUAGGUGUGGACUUUGCUUCUGGGGAAGUAUACCGUAUCCUCCUCAAUUACGUGUUCUCGCAAACCGCCGUGAGGCUUGAUCGGAACAUUGAUAUCAUAGAUCGUUUGCAGGAAAUCAAGGAAUUAUGUGAGGCAUACGGGCUAGCAACUGUUUUGGAGCCCGAUGACUUUAUCAAUUUGCGUGAAGAUCGCAUCAUGCAGUCACUAUGCGAACUCUACGAGCGAUAUCUCGAUGAGAAAUGGAAGGAAACUAUCAAUAAGGCUUCUAUUGCUCUCAAAAAGGAGUUAGAAGAGGCUGAUCCUGAAAUACCAGUGAUAGAAAUGGAUUUUUCCAGUUUUAGUGAACUUGUCAAAAGAAGUCAGCAUCAACUUGGGAAACUCCGAAACCAGGCAAUUUCUCAGUGCAACUACGAACAAGAGCUGGUUAGCCAUAAAAUGAUGGUAUCGGAGGCUCGAAGCUAUCUCGAAAGGGAACGAUGCAACGGUGCGCCGUUGGCCCACCUCAGUAAAAGCAGUACAAAACUUUUCUGGACUCUUAACCCAAAAAACCUUCAUGAUAUUCAACACGGCAGUGAGAUACAGAUCCGAUUUGAAGCCAUCAUAGAGCCUCUCCAAGCCGCCCUCAGGAGUCGAUCCCUUCAAACCUCUCGUAUCUUCUAUGCCUAUGCCAAUAAAGACACGAGAACUAUGUCGGAAUUCGCUUUUUGGCGAUUUAUUGAGUACAGUACGAUCUUGUCUGAGAAAUUGACGAAAGAGAUAGUUUCUAAUAUCUUCGACCGAGUGGCCUCACCACAACUCACAACUGUAUUUAAUCUUACUUCUCAAGGUAAACUCGAUGUAGACAAAAAAGCUCUCAUUCGCGUGGCUCGACAGGAGAUGGAUAUUCGUUAUGUAACUCCCGAGCAAUUUAUCGAAAUACUUGUUCGUAUGUCUGCUUCAAAGUACGGUAUUGAGCGCGAAAUAGAAGAAAAGCUAAACUGUUUUUUCGAGCAAACACGGUUUCCCAGAAAAGGUGACCUGCCCUCGGUCCUAGAAGCAUUCUACGAGUACGAGGUACAACGAGUCAUUGAAUUUUUUUCUACAGAUCUGUGCCGUGUUUUCUUCUUCUAUCUCAAGAAGCAGGAGACCUCUAGCACAACCAGUGAGCGGAGCAUGGCUGUGCAGAGCGGUGGUCGUUUCGCUGCUCUACUUGCAUCUUCAUUUUUCCUACGAAUGCUGGAGGACUGCAAUUUCCUAUCAGAUGGCAUCAGCCUGCCGAAUAACGUCGGCAGCAACAGUACUAACGACAGUUCUCCCAAACGCUUUAUAUCUUCAAGUGAGGUACUCAAUAUGAUGCAUAUGCUGCAGUCAAAUUAUGUCAACGUAAUGCCAGAUCAAGUGACUUUUACGAUAUUUCUUGAAAGCCUUUCUCUGAUAGCACAUUACUGGUGCCCAAAUCCACUAGUGCCUCUCUCACGCAAGUUAGCCGCCUUCAUAGUAGUUUGUAUUCGACAGCUCAACACGUUUCACUCUGGAACGACUCUAAUCCUUGCUGAGUUUCCUCCCAUUCCGCUGACGGGCGGAAAAAGAGUUGAUUUUAACGUUACAAAUAUGUCUGAUGUGUAG